UUUUAUUUUUUAAUUUUCAGUAAUAGUUUUCUUGUCAAUACUACAUCUGUUCAUUGGGAAUACAGAUAUAUUGCACGCUACCUUUGGAAUCCAACUCUGUUUGCCAAAGUAGAUUUACGUAUUGUCUCGUUUGCAUGGAGUUAACAAGAUAAUUGUUUAACUCCUGGUACACAAUACAACGACUUGUUUACUAGCUUAUUGUCACUAAAUAGGCUAUCUAUCGACAAUCAAUCGCUGGAGUAUAUUCGUUCAGGCAUAAAUUUUGACCCUGCAGAAACAAUUCAAAUAUAAGAUAUCAUUCUGGAGCUUAUUUAAUACCAUUGUAACCAUGCCAACUGACAUCGACUUUAUGCUCAACACCCUCGAUGACAAUUUCUGCGCCUCUUGUUUUGACGCCUUGGAUGAGUUGUUGACUAAAAACAAAAAGCCAAUUCGGAGUGAUAUGCAGAGGUUAAUGGACCUCGGUAUUAAGUCUGCCAUGUUUGUAACAUGGAUGAUCGUGGACGAUAAUGGCAACGAGCAAUUGCGUGGUUGUGUUGGAAGUUUGGGCAAGGUGUCCAUCGAGAGUUUGGGUUAUUACGCCCAAUUGAGCGCAUAUGAUGAUAAGAGAUUCAAGCCUAUAACUGCCGAAGAGGUGCCCAAGCUGAUAUGCAAAGUGUCGCUACUACAUACCUACGAGCCUGCUGAAAACCCUAGUGACUGGGAGGUUGGUAAGCACGGAGUUAUAAUAAAGUUUUACCAUAAUGGAGAGAAGUACUCAUCUACAUACCUCCCCGAGGUCGCUGAGGAGAACCAUUUAACCAAACAGGCCGCUAUUAACCAGCUUAUACGCAAGGCUGGGUAUCGUCGUGGUGACCCUACAAAGUUAUGGAAGAUCCUAGAGGUCACGAGAUAUCAAAGCAAGAAGCUUAAAUUAAGCUAUAGUGACUACGUCAAAUUGGAUCCCUCUAUUUGAGUGAAUCCUGACACCGCUUAUGUAUGUUCUUUGUCACCUCGGAAUUGACUAUGGCCGAUUUAUAAGCCGCUGUCGCUGUCAAGAGGUCGAAUAUUCGUUUACUGCUCCGCUUGGGGGCAUUAACCAAAAUCGAGCUUGAAAGUGACAGUUCAAAGUCAUCCAACUGGUCAAUGCCGAUAACUAUAAGCUGCUGGUCGUCGUUGGUAUGGUCAGCCGGGACCUCAGGCCCGGUUGUGGAGUACUCAGUACCGGCGCUCGAGCAGCUCUUUAAACGCUUCAGGUUGUCGCUCCUAAAGUCGACUUCUGAAAUGUCGGACACAUCCUCCCCGUAAAAAUCGAACAAGGGAUCCAUAUCGAUUUUUUGUGUCCUCCUGUGUUUCCGUUGCAGCCGCGACCGAAUGUGCGUUGCAAUGGAGCUACCGCUAUCCUGUGAUGAACAAAGGGCGUUAUCAUGUUUUGUGUCGGAGAAUCCACCCUCGGUAGUGGUGUACCCCGACGUGUUAAGAUCACCCACGACAGCGAAUCCCUGAUUCUGCAAUCUCGGAACUGGACUUUGCCACGGCUCCGGACGAGUAGGCGUCGCCUGCAUGAACUGGUCAACUAUCCUGUCCUCGGGAAU